UAAAAGCUUUUAGUGUUAUGUACGUGUAGAACCGAAAGUGCCAACAUGUUCAAAAUUUUGAGUUACACGGUCCUAACAGUAAUGACAGCCGAUUUGUUGGCAACAUCGGGCGAUGUAGCAGCCACUUGGACUUCCCCCAUACUUCCCAAAUUGUUGUCAAACGACUCGGAAGUAAACCCGUUUGACCACCCCAUCACCGAAGACGAAGCUUCAUGGAUAGGGUCCUUACUAAAUAUCGGGUCAAUGGUAGGACCUCUCCCUUUUGGAUACAUUUCCGAAAAAUUCGGCCGCAAAGUUGCGCUUCUGUGUAUCGCAAUUCCUCACAUCAUCUCCUAUUUAACUUUUGCUUUCUCCAAAACUUUAUACUUGUACUACUUUGCAAGACUGCUUGGAGGGAUUGCGGUAGGUGGAGGUUACACGCUCCUCCCGGUGUACGUUGCUGAAGUCGCUGAAGACUCCAACCGAGGUACGUUAACAGCAACCUUGAACUGUUUCUGGACUUUCGGAAAUUUAAUACCAUACGCCGUCGGUCCCUAUAUCCCAGUGGUGUGGUUCAACGUCAUCUUAACCUGCUUACCAACAGUGUUUUUCAUAACGUUCAUCUUCGUAGCACCCGAAUCGCCCUAUUAUUUGAUAGUUAAAAACAGAAUUGACGACGCUGAGCGAGCUUUGAUGACACUAAGAGGUGGCAAUAGAGACGUCGUCGACAAGGAAAUCAAAAAAAUACAAGCCGAAAUAGCCGAAAAUGAUGCUUCAGUGUCAAUGUGGCAAUUUUUCCAAAACAGACUCUACAUGAAGGGGUUGUUUUUUUCCGUGGUGUUGACAGUAAUUUCGCAACUAUCUGGAAUCAACGCUGUCUUAUUCUACACCCAACAGAUUUUUGACGCAGCUGGUGUCAAUGGUUUAUCGUCAGACGUAUCUUCCAUCAUCAUCGGCUUAGUUACUUUUAGUUCCAGCUUUGGAACACCCUUCGUGUCCGACAGGUGGGGGCGGCGAGUACUUAUGGUCACGUCAUUCUUAGGGGUAGCUAUCGCCCAUCUAGUUUUUGGUAUCUAUUUCUUCUUGAAAGAGAGAAAGGGUGUUGACGUGAGUUCCGUUUCAUGGUUGCCGCUUCUGUGUCUAGUACUCUUCAUCAUAAUGUUUAACGUUGGACUAGCAGCCGUAACAUGGACCAUCACGUCUGAAUUAUUCCCAACCAACGUCAAGUCGUACUCAGCGUCUAUAGUUUCGUGCACGUGUUGGAUUUCGUCAUUCUUCGUUACCAAAUUUUUUACUGAUCUGCAACAUGCCAUAGGAAGCGGAGAAACGUUUUGGUUGUAUAGCGGAUCUUGCUUCCUUGGUGCGCUGUUUAUGUUUCUUGUACCAGAAACCAAAGGGAAGAGCUUCCAAGAAAUUCAGGAAAUUUUGGAGCAGAAACGGGUUCUUUUUUAA